AUGCAGAAUGGACUUCUCAAAGUCUUAAGCACAACAAAGCCAUGCUCAUAUUAUCCCUUGGGGCACCCAUCUUCAUGCACACUUGAGGAUUGGUUCGUUGAAGUUGCCUUCUACGUUCUAUCUCCUGCGGCCUCGUUGGCAGGGAACUUCCACGUCAGUUGGCUCUGCGGCUUCAACGACGGUCUGCUGGAGCUUCUUGCUUCUGCUUGUGAAUCUGAAGGGCUCUCUUGUCCCCCAGCUGAAAUCCUAUUGGCUCAUCGCGACGACAAGGAUCUUCGUGGGUGGCCUGGUUCCGUUCGGUGUGGGGAGUUUGCCUCCGCUGACAAGUUUCCAAGCCGACCAGUGCCUCCUGGCGCAAAAGACGAAGCCUCACUGGUUCAUGACUUCAGUGGCAAGCGUGAAGAAUCGAUCGAUAAAAUUAAACAGCCCCACACAUGCACUUACUGCUGGGCCAUGAAAAUGCAAGCGGAGGUCACCAAAACGGAGGCAGCAUCGAACUCAGAAAUGGACAGACAUGGCGUGUCCGAGAAGCCCGCUCCGCUGAAGGAGGGUUUCGCGUACCUUCCAGCGUCGUCCAUCAAUCUGCCGUUUUUGGCAGCUGCGCUUCUGCAGUCGGCCGUUGCCACGGCCUUGUCCAAGACAGCGGCGGACUUUUUGCGAAUGGCGACAGAAGCACUGCCUGCAAUUGAACUUCCGCUUGACUUGAGAACUGGACCACCUAACAAAAAGCCCAGAUUAGCAGGCGGAGGAGACGAGGUGACUAAGGAAGAAGUUGGCGAACCACUGGAGCCGUUAGCUUUGAUCAAGAAACCGAAGCUGGCCAAUGGCACCAACGGGGCACUGGACCUCACUCACUGGCCGGCCGAACCAAAUCGACGUGGUCCCGAAUUCUUCUCCAACCUCCCCAGUUCACUUCAAUUUACUUACACCCUGGGCUAUGGUAAUCAAUUAUUCCCUCGCAUCUCACCAACGACCCCGCCGAGUGAGGACGAAGGACCGUUGGACUUCUCAGCCCCUUCCGAACACCCCUGCACGUAUCCGGGUUGUAACAAGGUGUUCCGUUAUAACCACGCCCUCAUCAAUCACUACCGGAUACACACAGGUGAAAAGCCCUACAUUUGCGACCACCCCGGCUGUCAGCAGGCCUUCGCUAGGCAGUCGAAUCUACUCACACAUCGAAUGGUCCAUCUCGAUAGAGGGAUGCGGAAGACCUUUGCGUGUACUGUACCCGGGUGCCAGAAGAAUUUUCUCAAAAAGACGAACCUCGAUGACCACAUGAACCUGCACUUGAAUAAGCGGCCCUACGCCUGCGACUUCCCCGACUGCGGAAAGUCCUUUCGAUGCCGAAGCAACCUGAGUGGCCACAAACGGGUGCACGCGAGGGAGGCGGCCAAGGACCUCGCCAAUAGACCCUCGCCGCUUGAAAGGAAGAUAGACACGAUCCUCGCGAGGGCACGAGCCAGCGUGGCGAGUCAUAGCGUAAUCCUCGAAUAA